AGAGCAUAUAUUUCAUCAACAAAUACAUCUAUUAAAUAUAUUUUUUUUCUGACAAGAAGAGAGAAGAAUUUUUUAAAACUUGUUUACAAAAAUGUCGAGAAUGAGAUUACAAUUAUCAUUGGAAAAAAUUAAUGAGAAUGAUUUUGAAGUUAAAAGUCCAACAACUACAAGUUUAUAUUCACCAGUUACUGAGAUUAUUCAUGAUUUCAACAAGUCAAGCUUAUCAAAUGGUUCACCAUCAAUUUCUACUGAUGAUAAAUUUGGCACUGAUAACAAGGAAAAUUACACCAAGAAUUUUUCAACCACCAGCAACAAUGAUAGCUUAUUUAAAACUGUAUUAAAAAUAAGAAAUACACCUGGUCGUUUGUAUAAAUCAAAACGAACUAGACGUUUUUUCAAUAUGGGAUCAAAACGUGUUAACUCUACACCAGAGGUUGAACCAGGUUCAACACCACCAUCAUCAAUGACAGCAUCAACAACAUCAAUAGUUGAUAAAGAAAAUGUUAGCGCAGCCUGUAAUCUAUUUGCAAUGAAUUCAUCACCACAGACGAUUGUAAAUAAAUCAACAUCAAGAUAUCCAUUAGAAGACUGUGAUCCAAAUAGUCAAGACAGUGGUUAUGGUGCAAGUUUUACAGAUGAUUUAUGUAAAUUUCAAGAUGGUUUUAGAUUUGCUGAACCAUCUGGUUUUGCACCAAGACGAAUGUCAAUUGAUUCAGCACGUGGUUGUAGUCCACAACAAUCACCAAUACGUUUAAAAUCACCACGUACAAAUAUAUCAUGUUCACGUGAUAAAUCAACAUUUAUGAAAAAAUUAUCAUCAUGUGGAUAUGACAGUAUGGAUGAUGGUUUUAAUGAACUUAUUGAUAUUGAUAAUUUUAUGGAAAAUACAAAUACAUAUCCAAUUAAUUUAAAUAAUUUAAUAAGUGGUGAUAUUGUUAGUGAAAAACCAAUGGAAUGUGAUGCAUCAACAACACCAAAAGCAAUACGUAUUAAAACAAAAAAAGUUAGACGUUCAUUAUCAUUAAAAAAUGAUGAUAAUGAUAAUAAUGAUAAAAUAUGUACACCACCAUUAUCAAAAAUACGUUCAUGUUUAUUUAGAUCACCAAAUAGUAAUUCAUCAAUUGGUAAACUUGGUUAUAGUAAUGAUAAUACAAGAUAUUUAUCACCACAAAAUUUAUCACCAUUAAAAUUAACAAAAUCAGUAAAACGUUCAGAACCACCAACAGAUGCAAGUCCAUUACUAGUCAAAAAAUCAAAAAGAUCAUGUAGUUUACGUGAUUUUCCAGAUACAACAAAUUUAUCACCAAUUAUUGAAAGAAUUAAUUUAUUACAACGUUGUCAUUCUGAAACAGAAGCACAUGCUAAUAUUAAAUCAGCAAUACAUCGUAGUACAACUGAUGCUGAUUUAACUGGUGAUUUUAGUAAAACAUGUAUAUUACCAUUAUCAGAAGGUUCACAUGAUGAUUUAAAAUCAAUAGCAUCAGAUACACUUGAAAAAUUAAUACAUGGUGAAUUUGAUGAUAGAAUUGCAUCAUAUCAAAUUGUUGAUUGUCGUUAUCCAUAUGAAUAUGAAGCUGGACAUAUUGAGGGUGCACUUAAUUUAUACACCAAAGAACUUAUUGAACAACAUUUAAUGAAACCAAUUAAUAAAAUACCAGUUAUACAACCAGAAACAAAUAAACGUCAUAUACUUAUAUUUCAUUGUGAAUUUUCAUGGGAAAGAGGACCAAAUUUAUCACGUUAUUUACGUAAUAUUGAUAGAAAAUUAAAUAAAGAACAUUAUCCAGCUCUUUAUUAUCCAGAAAUAUAUAUAUUACAUGGUGGUUAUCAACAAUUUUAUCGUGAUACUAGACAUCUUUGUUCACCACAAGGCUAUAGACCAAUGAAUCAUCCAGAUCAUGAUGCUGAUCUAAGAAAAUUUCGUAGUAAAAGUAAAAGUUGGCAAGGUGAAAAAACAUCACGUGGCCUACCACCAAAAUCAAAUCUCAAAAGACUCGGUUUCUAGUGUUAAUUGUACAAAUAUAUUUAACUAAUUUUAUUUCAUUUUUUUUUUUUUUUUUAUUAUUUUUUUUUUGUUUAUAUUAUAUUUUUUAAAUUCAUUAUUAUUUUUAAUAAUAAUAUAUGAGUUGGCGUGUAAGCAUCACGCUUUUAUUGUGCAAAAAAAAAAAGUUAUUAUAAUAAUGUAAAAAAAAAAAAAAGGAGUUGAAUAUAAAAUAUAAGAUAAACAAAAAAUAAUAAUUAAUAAAAAAAAUAUGAAUUUGUUAUUUGGAUAUGAUAUGUAAUAUUCAAAUUGAUUUGAGAAAGAAAAACAAUGAAAGAAAAAAAAAAUUAUAAAAUUAUUCUUUAUUAAUAUUCUUCUCCAUUGUAAAUAAAAAAUUAUACAGAAAAGUAUUGUUUAGUUUAAAAAAAAAAAAAUAUUAAAAUUUAAAAAAAUGGAAGAGCUUGUUAAGAAGAUGUAAAAAAAAAAAGAAAAAAAAGCAAUAGCCUAAUGCAAAGGCCUUAUAAAGCUGCAAAACAUUGUUAACUUGGUUGUCUUCAAUAAUUUAAAAAAAAAAAAAUAAAAAGUUGUAAUAAUUAUUUAAUACAACAAUAAAUUAUUUAAAAAAUAUUGUACAAAGUCAUGACGAUACCUAACGAUAAUUGUUUUGCAGCUUUUUGUAAUUUUAUCUCGAUAUUUAAUUUGUUUUAUAAUUAAUAAAUA